CAGGGCCAUGAAACUGUUGCUGAAAGUGUGCCAGUGGAAGAGGAACUCCAACUUCGUAUGGAAGAAGGUGAUGAAAGUGUCAUCAUCGAGAUGCCAUCUAUUUCCCACGAAGUGAGCAUUGAGAUGUGCACAUCGACUCCUGUAACUCCUGCAGGAAAAACGCCUCGUAGAGGUGCAAAAAGAAGGCGUGUGGACGUUGGUACCGAGGCCCAAAAAACGUUUUUGGAAAUUGCUCAGACCCAAGCAAAUGCCUUAAAAAUGCUAGCAGAGUCGAGUGCAGCGAAUGUACAAAUAGCAAGUAGACAAGCAGAUGCUUUGAAGUUGUUAGCUGAAACAAGUACGGCGAGUGUGCAGGUAGCGAAAUCGUUGGCCGAAGCUAUGAACACAAUGGGUCAAGGUUUAAAGGCAUGUGCGGAUAUGCCUUUAAUAAUUUAA